GCUGUCUGUCAAUGUUUAUGUAGCCUGCUGUCCGUGUAUGUAACCGCAACCAAGGACUCGGCAAUGUGAUUUACCGACAUCCAUUUCUCUUCAAAAUCAUUCUAAACGCCGCCUUUCACCGCGUUAUGCACCGGGCUCCGACAUGGGAGGCCACUAGCACGUGAAACACGGAAGAAACCGAGGAAUCCGCCGGAAUGGCAGGCGCCUUUGGAUUCAAAGGCUGCCAGAAAAUCCGAGGUCCGCAGAUCCGGAGUCUGCUGGAGGCGAAAGACUUCUUCCUCUUCGACUGCGACGGGGUCAUCUGGCACGGGGAGAAGGCGAUCACCGGGGCCGCCAAGGUGGUGAGCUCGCUCAUCCGGCAGGGCAAAAACGUGGUGUUCGUCACCAACAACUGCACCAGGCCGCGGGAGAAUUAUGUGAGCAAGUUCUACCGGCUGGGCUUCACCGACGUGAUGCUGGAGCAGAUCUUCAGCUCGUCCUACUGCUCGGCUCUCUACCUGCGGGACGUGGUCAAGGUCCGCGGCCAGGUGUUCGUCAUCGGCUGCGACGGGCUGCGCAGGGAGCUGCAGGAGGCGGGCAUCCCCUGCCUGGAGGAGGCGGACGACCCGGACGCCACCAUCUACGACUGCGCCCUGGCCCCGGACGUCAAGGCGGUGCUGGUGGGGCACGACGACAAACUGACUUUUCUCAAACUGGCCAAAGCGUCGUGCUACCUGAAGGACCCGGAGUGCCUGUUCCUGGCCACCGACAACGACCCCUGGCACCCCCUGUCAGGGGGGAGGAUACUGCCAGGCUCCGGCUCUCUCACUGCAGCCUUGGAGGUGUCCUCGGGCCGCAAAGCCACUGUGAUCGGCAAGCCCAGCCGCUUCAUGUUCGAGUGCAUCUCCAGUCAGUUCAGCGGGGUGGAUCCCGCGCAGUGCCUGAUGGUCGGGGACCGCCUCGAGACGGAUAUGCUGUUCGGGUCCAACUGCGGCCUGGACACCAUGCUCACUCUCACCGGUGUGUCUCAGAUCGAGGAAGCCCAGGAGUACAGGAAUAGUGACCUGACCACCAACCACAGCCUGGUGCCUGACUACGUGGUGGACACCAUCGCCGAUUUCCUACCUGCCUUCGAGGAACUGGAUGAACAGAGCAAUUGAUCAGUUCCUUUGCUUUCCAGUACUGAGCACUGACUGCUUUGACUACGUUUCAAGUGCAAAGUUCAGUCUGGUUUGUGCCAAACAAAAAAAGAAUUAAAAAAAAAGGUAGCUGUCUACAAUGAUUGAACGACAGAGUUCAUGUUGUGACCGAGACACACGUAGGACGACUAUUCUCCGCCAAACUAAGCAAGAGUAAUCAUUGCAUACCUCAGUGUUUCUUCUAGUGUUGUGCCCAUUUGUGAAUCGACAGUCCCUUGUUGGUGCAUUUAUAGCAUAUGAAUAUACUGCACUCUUCUCCAUAGACGUUUCACUUCAGAUUUUGACCAUUCAGAGGUAUUUUUCUAAAUCCAUGAAUUGAUCUGAAUUCAUGUGUUAAAAUUUUUUUUUUUUUUUUUUUUUUUUUGCCAAAAGGCAAACAGGCACCUAUUGAAGCAAAAGUUUUCUUCUCCAGUGCACAUGCCUGGGUGUGACUUCUCAAUCAACACAAGAGGACAGAAGCAAAUGGGCAAAGUUAAAACUGGUGUGAGCUUCUCUCGGGUCUCGUAGAGACUAAGCUGACAAUCUGCUGACAGGUGAAUUAUUCGUUCACUUCAGGCCUUUUUCUCAUCUCUGUACUACUCAUGCCAAUAUUCAACUUACUCAAACUAGUAGGUAGUUAACAAGUAACACAUACUGCACUGUUGUGAAGUGUCAAUGUUGUUAAUGUUUGAAAUAUAGAGCAUGCCACCAACGGUGACAAGGAGAAAUACCUGAAGUUCAAUAAAAUCUUGUUAAUCAGUUGCCUGCUAAUG